AUGGAUGAAACCAGAUUCGUUCUUGUACCUAAGCUAAAAAAAGUUAUUGCAAAAAAGGGCUUGCGUCAGGUCCAUAAAGUUGCACAUGGUAACUCUCAUGAGCAUAUUUCAGUUGCACCAACAAUCUCAGCUGCUGGCUCGUACAUUCCACCUUUAGUUAUCUAUAAAGGUGUUCACACAAUUCCCGAUUUGCUACAAGGCGCACCUCCUGGAGCAGUAAUGAGUUUUACAGAUACCAGAUAUAUGUUUUUACUAAUGCUUGAUGGUCAUAAGAGCCAUAUCAGCUAUAUGUGCAUUGAUUUUUGUUACCAAAAUGGAAUAUUUCUUUAUGCGCUUCCAUCACACACAACUCAUAUUUUACAACCAUCUGAAAUUCCUUUUGCAAAAUUGAAAAAGGAAUUUGGAAAACAGUAUGAUAAAUAUUACAAUACUACUAGCAAAGUAGUAACAAAAUACAACUUCACAAAACUUUUUGGACCAGCUUUCAUUGAGACUUAUGCAUCGUCUGCUAUUUGUAAUGCUUUUAAAGCUACAGAAAUAUGGUCAUUUAACCCCAAGGCCAUUAGUCCUGAUCAUUUAAACCCCUCACUAGCAACAAAACGAUUCAAUAUUUUAAUGUCAGAAAAGGAGAUGCUUAAAAAUGAAAUUAAAUCACUAAAAGUUCAACUUACAAUAAUCCAAGAGAAAUUAGGAACCUAUAAAAGUCCUAGAAUAAGUUCUUUACGUUUAGUUUUCAAGUACAUCCCUCAUGUUCUGCAAGCUGGACCUUCAGAUACUUCCUCAGUGAACCAACAAGAGCCUGGUCCCUUCCCUAAAAAAAGAAAGAUGCUUCUAUUUGCACAACUUCUUACUAACGACGAAAGUUGGCAGAAGUUGAAAGAGACAAAUAAAGAAGCAGAAAGGAAAGUUGAAAAGAAGAAACGGAAAAAAGUGUUGGCAGCCCAGAAAAAAAUUGAAUGA